AACCUACCAUAAGUGCAUGUAGGUAAGGGUAAACCCCACAUUCGGAAAUCAUUAGAAACCACACAAAACACCUUUGAAACUGCACAACAACACACUUAAACACCAAGAACACAUUAGUAACCACAUACAAACAUAAUAGAAAAUGAAAAUAUCAUGUUUGUAAGCAGUUGUGCAAGGUUAUGUCUGUGUGUAGAUGUUGACAGACAGGUUACAAAAUGGUAACCUGCGUCCAAUGGACCUAUUAAUCAUUCACUUUUCACAGAAGUCAACAGGGUUAUUUGUCCCUAUAUGCAUUCCCACAUUAGUCUAGGAAAGUAUGUCAUGGUGGACUCUGACUAGAAACAGACUAGAAAGUUGUAAACAAUCAUUACUUGUUUUGUCAUACCUUUAAAUGGAUCACUCAAAAUAAUGUAAUCCACAAAAACAUUCAAAGUCAUUUACUAUGACCGGAUUUAUUAACGUUAAUAUUAUUUAAGUUAAAGAAAUGUUACAUAAAGUAGUCCUCAUAAAACAGCUUUGUUAGUAGAAAGCAAAACAAUCCCUGUCUGGUUUUAAUGAUUUCAUUUGAACAAGGAUGAAAACAUAUUGCAAAAAUUAAGCAAACAAAAGAGGGUAAGUGACCUCUGAAUCUAUUGAUCCACUGAUUUCUCUUUGGUCCUGAUGGUCUCAGUUCUUCAGUCACUAGACACCAGAAUGAGGCUUCUUUUGCUGCUAGGAUUGCUUUUCUUUACAUAUGCGGCUGAGCAAGAGUCGUGUAUUGAGCGCUGUGAAAAUGGGUUUGACGCCACCAAGAACUGCCAGUGUGACUCUAUGUGCACAUACUACAAGAGCUGUUGCACAGACUAUGAGUCCUUUUGUCGUAUUAGGACCCGUGGAGACACCUUUCCUUCUUACCCUGAGGAUGAUUACGAUGAGACAAAUAGCACAGGGGUACCAAUCAGAUCCAGAUCACAGCAAAGAAUCUCAAACCCUUCUCCAGCAACCUUUGCUGAUAGAUUCAGCCUAUUAACACCAACUUCUCAAAUCCCGGAUUCAACGUUAGAUGAUAACCCAUCACCAGUGAUUUCCACUGCUGCCACUCCAACUACACAUCACCCUCUAUUACCCUCCACCAUCAAGACCCCAACAACAACUGCACGAACAACCUCAACUGCUGAUCUCACACCAACAAAAGCCAAAGACCCUGACGCUGAGGUCUGCAGUGGCAGACCCUUCGACUCCUUUAUGCAGCUCAAAAACAGCUCUAUAUAUGCAUUCAGAGGACUAUAUUUUUUUGAGCUUGAUGAGAAAUCAGUAUUACCAGGGUACCCAAAGCUCAUUGAAGACAUCUGGGGAAUAAAAGGUCCAAUAGAUGCUGCCUUCACUCGCAUAAACUGCCAAGGAAAGACAUACAUUUUCAAAGGUAAUAAAUACUGGAGGUUUGAUGAUGGAGUGCUAGAUGAAGACUUCCCACGGGACAUAUCUGUGGGAUUUGAGAAGAUACCAGACCAUCUUGAUGCUGCCUUUGCCAUUCCUGCUCACAGCCAUCAUGGCAAAGAGAAAGUUUAUUUUUUUAAAGGAGACCAGUAUUACCAGUAUGAGUUCAAGCACCAGCCAUCCCAUAAGGAGUGCAUUCAGAUGUCAUUGAGAUCUCCCUCAGCACUCUUCAGCAGAUACACUGAUAUUUACUACGACCGAUGGGUUGACCACUUCAACCAGCUCUUUGGUGGAGCCCAAAGUCAUCACGGUGGCCAUCACUUCAUCAACAAAGACUGGAUUGGGAUCAAAUCACCCGUGGAUGCUGUGCUAGCCGGCAGACUCUACGUCACUCCGAGAUGGCCCAACAGAAGCCGUCAGGACAGAAAUCGGCAGGAUUGGGACCAGCAGUGGGGCCAACGCUAUGGGCAGGAGUGGGGUCAGCAGUGGGGACAACGCUAUGGGCAGCAGUGGGGCUCCAGGCGCAGGCAGAAUAGGUCACCAUACUGGGAAACUAUGGCUGAGAGGGGCAUCAGCAUUGGACAUGAGUAUGCUGAGAGGUUUGGGCAGGACAGGUGGCAAGAUCAGGACAGACGGCAAGAUCAGGACAGACGCAGAGACUAUUAUUAUAGACAAAAUGACUACGAUUCUGACUACAGGUACAAACCUUCGGAAGACAUUGUCCAUGACAUGCUGCAAAGGCGUCAGCCCUUACAGAGUGUCUACUUCUUUAAAGGAGAUAUGUACUACAGAGUGAAUCUCCGAACGAAGCGGGUUGACUAUGCAAACCCUCCCUACCCAAGACCUAUUGGAAAAUACUGGCUUGGCUGCAAAGACACGUCAGGAGCAGAAAAGAGAUGAGUCCAACUGUAAACAAACUGCCAUUUAAUAGUAUUUAUCAUACAGGUAUACAAAAAUAAGCUGCAUUUGUGAGGUCAAAAAUAAGGGUGAUAUGUAAGGCCUUAUAGAAUCUCUCCACAGAUUUCUACACAAUGGAUUGACAUCAUUCAUAAAUAUUCCUGAUUGUGGUGUGAUUGAUAAAGCUCAGUGGACACCAUGCAGUUUUUAGUCUAAAAGAUAACAUUUCAAAUAAACAGAUAUAUGAAUUGAAUGAUAAAAGCAACUGCAUGAGAGGAAUUUAAAGGCUGAAGUUGCCAUGAGCUUCGCAACUUAGGGACAGUUGUGCAAUCUUUCAAUAAACAAUGUUUUUGACCUAAAAAUAUUAAGUCAUUAUUUCUUUGUAAUGCAUUUCAUCAGCGUGUGCCUAAGCAAGUCCUCUCGGAAAAAAAUAUGAAGAGAAAUCUCUUUAAAAAGGUCUAGGUUUAGCUUCUCCAGCACAAUAAAAGGGUGUUUCUAGUCAUUUUUGCUGCCAACUAUCAAUAUCAUUCAAAUUUCCAGAAAGUGUUUUGGCACAUUUCAUCAGAUUAUUGUGGUUUCUUUCUAUAUCCAAAGAUUGAGUACUGCCAAUAUCAAGCAAAUUGAAUUUAUCUACAUAACCCCAUAUUACAACUAAUCAGUGUCAUUCUGCCAAGAACAACUGUGCUGUAGUGAUGCGUGUAAAUACUAAUCUUUAUGUAUCUCGCAUAGAGAAA